CACUGGGCUUCCCUUCCUUCGGUCCACCAAGGGAGGUGCUAGGGUUUGGUUCCUUCGUGCCAGCCCUCGCGUACUCUCAGGGAUAGCCAGCUGGCUGUAGCUGUCCAAGUGCGGUUCCGUCCCACCUUUUUUUCCCGUUUCCUGUUGUAGGCGUAACCUCGAUUUUUUCAUCGUCAGCUUCUUUGUUGGGUGCGGUGUCGAUGCGUGUAGUCACUUAGGCUCGAAAUGGCGCCAGGCGAUGGAUUCGACUUCGGCGGGGAGAGAGUCGUCGUGGGAGUUAGCAAGGACCCGUCGUGCAAAGACGCCAUAAAAUGGGCCAUCGCGAAUAAAGUUCGCAGCCCGGACGACAUUCUCAUAUUGCUCCAUGUCGUCACGAAAAUCCCCAGCCCAAGUAUGGGUGCUUAUGGAGGAGCGGGAAGGCAAGUUGCAGGAGCGGUGGAGAUGUACCAGAGCGAGGUCAACAACACCAUGUUCGUGCAUUACGUCCGGACCGUCGUUCAGCCCAUGAUGCUCUCGCUAAAGAAAGUCGUCGAUCCCAAGAUCAAGCUAGAGCUGAAGGUCGGCCGGAACAACUCGAGGGAAAAGGGAAUCGUGGAGGAGUCGAGCAAGCUGAAAGCCACCACGCUGGUUCUCGGAACCAAUGCUCGCGGAAUGUUCAGCAUGCGGGGCAAGUCGUCCAGUACCGGAGCGUACUGCGUUCGUUAUAAGCCGCACGGGCUCUCCGUUUUUGUGAUUCAGAAGGAUAAGGUCGUUUUAUUCAAGGAAUCCGAAGGCUCGCCGCUGUCUUCCGCAUCCGGAAGCCCUGCUGGCUCGGGUCGCCUGAUGGCAGGCUCGGGAGGAUCAGGCCAAGGCUCGGGAGCGCUCGAGCCAACCUACAGCGGCGGGUUCAACGAACCAGGGGGAGGAAGCGGGGAGUACGACGAAUCCGGCGGAGGGGGAUACGGAGGGGGGUACGGCCAGUACCAGCAGUACCCCACGCGCGGGGGAGCUCCGCAAGGGGGGGGCUGGGGCGGCGGCGGAAUGAACGCGCCGUACGGGGAGAUGGGUGGGCACGGGGGGAUGAUGGGUGGAAUGCGCGGGGUGGCGUCGAGAGGCCAGUACGGCAGCAACGACUCCAGCCCCCAAGGCUCCGGCGCCAUGCAACCCUACAUGCCCGCGUCCGGCGGCGGAGGAUCCGGCAGCCUCCAGUCGCGAUUCUCCAUGGACGGGGGAAGCAUGGACAGCUCCCCCGGCGGCGGGCCCAAGGGCGGGAACGAUAUCCAGCAGGCGGCGACACUCUCUGCGCUCGCGUGGUCGAAGCAGGCGGCGAAUACCGCCGAGGGGCAGAAGCUUCAGUCGGACUAUCUGGCGGAGUUUGACGCGUGGAAGCGGGCCAAUCAGGCGGCGACUUUCCAGCAGCAGCAGGAUUUCAUGGUGGAUCUGCAGUCGCGCAUGACGAAGGCGCGCGCGGCGCUCGCGGGGCUGCAGCUGGGGGAAGGCGGAGGGGGAGGGUCGUCCGCUGGGGGGGAGGCGGGGGGUGAUGGUGGCGGUGGCGGGGGUAUGCAGCAUUCGUACCCUGCGGCGAUUCCUGCUCCUGUUCCCGCUGCUUCUGAUGCUGCUGCUGCUGGGUCCGGUGGGGGCGUGGAGAACGACCUGCGUCGCGAGCUGGAGAUGAUGAGGCAGCGCGCAGCAGAGGCGGAAAAGGCUCGCCUGGAGGCGGAGCAGCGCGCGCAGCGAGCGCUCUCCGAAGCCGACCGGUCCCUGCGAGAAGUGGAGGCGCAGAACAAGCGGCGCGAGCUCGAGACCGCGGUGCGCAUCGAAAUGGCGUCGCAGGAGGCCGCGCGCGCCAUGGCGGCGGCGGAGGAGGCGCGGAAGCAGGCGGAGCUGGAGGCGCAGAAGACGGAGGUGGCGAUGAAGCAGGCGGCGAUGACGCGGGCGGCGCUGGAGCUGGAGGAAAAGAGACGGCAGGAGGCGGAGAAGAAGGCUAAGGCGGACAAGGGCGGCAUGCGCAUGAUGGCCAACUACCGCGAGUACUCGUACGAUGAUAUUGUGUUUGCCACAGAGAACUUCAAGGCGGAUCGGAAGCUGGGAGAGGGCGGGUUUGGCACGGUGUUUUCAGGCACGCUGCACCACACGCCCGUGGCGGUGAAGGUGCUCAAGAACACGGACGCCAUGCAGGCUGCGCACGAGUUUCAACAAGAGGUGGAGGUGCUGAGUCAAAUCCAGCACCCGCACGUGGUGAUGCUGCUGGGCUGCUGCCCCGACCGCUACUGCCUGGUCUACGAGUUCAUGGCCAACGGCUCCCUCGAGGACCGCCUCCUCUGCGCCAACAACACGCCGCCCCUCCCCUGGUACAUCCGCAUGCGCGUGGCCGCCGAGAUCGCAUCCGCCCUCCUCAUCCUCCACACGCGCCCGGUCCCCAUCGUGCACCGCGACUUAAAGCCCGGGAACAUCCUCUUAGAUAAGAAUUUCGUUGCGAAGCUGGGCGAUGUAGGGCUUGCAAAGCUCAUGCCGGGUCUCUCCAUGGAUCAGACCUACAUGCGGGAAUCCGUCCCGGUGGGCACCUUUGCGUACGUCGACCCCGAGUUCCAACGCACGGGGGAGUUCGGUCCGAAGUCCGACGUGUACGCGCUGGGGAUCGUGCUCCUGGACCUGCUCACAGGGCGCAAGCCGAACGUGUACGAGGGGUUAGAGGAGGCGGUGGAUGAUGGGGACGAGGAGGCUAUGAGAGAGUAUCUAGACGAGCGGGCGGGCAACUGGCCGCUGGAUAUCGUCAUGGAGGUGGCUAAGAUCGCGGUGAAGUGCUCGGAGAUGAGGCGGAAGAAGCGGCCGGAUUUGGAGACGCAUGUGAUGCCGGUGCUGGACAGAGCGAGGGCGCGGGCGGUUCAGGCGGAGGAGGAGGCGAGGAAGGCCCCGGUGAAGCGUUCGAUUGGGGAUGCGCCCAGCAGCCUCUUCUGCCCCAUCACCCAGGAGAUGAUGGUGACCCCGGUGCUGGCGGCGGACGGGCACACGUACGAGAAGGAGGCGAUCGAGUCGUGGCUAGAGAGAAGCGACCGCUCACCCAUGACCAACGAGCAGCUGCCGUCCAAGGACCUCGUGCCCAACCACGCCGUGCGCGCCAUGAUCAGCGACUGGCGGGAACGUAACCUAUAAGGAAACUAAUCUUAUGAGUGCACGGGUGGCGGGUCUAUUCAAGGUGCCUGAAAAAAAAACCGCGUGACCCAACCAUGCGGCACACGUCAUGAUCCAGGACCGGUGGGAAAGGAACUGAUGAAAGGAUGUGAGAAGCAACGGGGGAAGUACAGAGGUAAAGGCCCUGGCCCCCAGCCCUUUUCGUAGGGGGAGGGGGGGAAAGCAAAAGCCGGAGUGGGCGGGCCAUGCGGAUGGGUGCCGUACUCUUUCUUUCUCUUCUCAAGCUUCGCUGCAGGGGGGCACUUUGGUGGUGUGCAUGGUGUAGGGGCACGUUUACCCUUAACCUUCUUUGUAAAGAAACUCCUGCCACUUCGUCUGCUUCCCGUUGCUCUGGUACCUGUUAGUUACAUAGACUGAAGACCCUUUUUCCGGCGUUCUGUGCAAGCUCUCUAGUCUCUAGCUCCAUAGCAUGCAAUGGGAGGGCGCUUAGGGUUGGGUAAUGUGUUGAGCGGCGUAGUGCCAUACCAUGGUUAUUGCCUACCUUCAUUUGUAGGGGUGGAAGGUACAGAAUUAUAACUCUUGUGGUGUGGAAUGGACACUUGUAGUGCAGUGCCUGCUGGAAGCUUUUUCUAAUACAGUAGGUCGGCAUAG